GUAAAGGUAGAGAUCGCUCUGCGAUGGAACCGGUCAUUUGAACACCUCACAUUCGCAGAGACGCACUUCGCACCAGAACAGCCAUAUCUGCCGAUUGUCGCUCAUUUUUUGCCGAUAACACAGGAACGUGCAGGGAACGUAUUUCUUGUCUGUGCAUCAUGCACCUCACCUAUCGCUCUUCCACUGCAUCCGUAUGAUAACUGACCAGUAGGUUCUCUAACAGUGCUGUCCAAUAAUAUUCGUGUGCUCGCCAAGAAUUAUUUGUCGCAGCUCUCCUAUUUAUGCAUAAAUUGAAAAAUUUAUGAACCCAUUUCGAGAAACAAAAAAGAUGAAGUUUUCUUUUAGACACCCGAAGGGCGGAGAGUUUGGUAAAAAAAUAAUAGUGGCUGAGAAUUUCAUCCACCUCGAUUUUAUGCAUGACAGAAAAAAUCGUGGCACGGUUUUGGUGGGCAUGAGGAACAACAGAACGACCCUGGUAACCCUUAGGCUCAAAAAUUCGAACGGCGAGAGCAACAUACCGGCACAGAUGGAAACAUGGGAGCAUAUGUUCGAGUUCAAGAUACGCCACGUGAUCGCAAACAUGGUGGACCAGAACGGCAACGACGUGUUCAUCAUCAUUGAGGAUGUGAGCGAUGCGCGUGUGCGCAUGCACCACUUCAACUUCACCACCAAGGAGACAACUCUGCUACACGAGUCCGAUAUGAUGCCCCUCAGAAUGGUGAAUGAGCAGAUGGAUGCGUGCUUUCUCAUCAAUGACGCAAAAAAGCUCAUGAUACUUACGUUGAAGGACAAUUCUAUAGAUAAUAAAUUGGUUGAGGUUUGGAACGCGUCGGUCCAGGGAAUCAUGGUGAAGGAUCACACGUCUGCAUACGUCGAUGUUGACAACGACAACAAGGCUGACAUAGCCCUGGACGCACAGGAUGAUGACGGAGUACGGGUCUUGAUUCUUGUUUUGACGCAUCCGAGCACCAUCGAUAAAAAGAUACAACGGCUGGAACUGCCAGAUGGGUCUGGACCGCUGAUAUUCGAGGAUCUCAACGGUAACGGAAGGGCCGACCUGUGCUACGUGUGCACCAGCAGCGAGGGCAACCACGUGAUGAUUCAUUUCAAUCAGUACGCGAGCGAGGGUGAUGAGGUGUUCUCGCACGAAACAAAGACCAGGAAGAUUGAUCUUAGCGAAAUGUAUCCCGAGUACGAUCCCGUAGUGCGGGUUGCCGAUCUCGGCAACAUGCCGGGCGGCAUAUUUGUGUACGACAUGGAGCUGAAGCAAUAUCCGAACAUCGUGCUGGUCAUGGUGAACAAAACGACGGGCGAGUACGAUCUGAAGAUACUUACGAGCGUGACCGAGAAGGACGAUGGCUCGUUCUUCUCUAGGAAGAGCGAGAGGAAGGAUGACAUUCAGUUUGAAAUUUCCAAGUACAGAAAGGCCCUGCCCCUCGACUACAAGCACAUCUUGUCGGUGAGCUGCUGGGACCCGGACAGCCUCGGGCGGGAGGGAAUUCUUGUGAACGCGGUCAACGAUGGCAAGUACGAGUUGGCGUACUUCGAGAAUAACCUGGAGGUGAACCACUACAAGCUCUCGCUUAUCACUCUUGAUGGACGGCGAAUUGCCGAUGGCAACAUAGCGUACAACUGUCCGAUCCCUGGCGUAUCGUAUCGAGUUUUUUUCGACAACAAGACCCUGGUGAACAACCAAAUGACGCAGUCCACGUUCCUUCAUCUGAAAAAGCCCAUUGUCACAUUUGGGCUGGGAUCAACGAAUAUGUUGAUCAAAAACAUACAGAUAGGCAUUCCGCACGCCACGAGCAUAAUGGAGGUGGACCAGAAAAUAAUACCGAACUCUGAUCUGGUGUUUACGUACAGGAACGGCAAGAUAUCGAUCGAGCUUCUGUUGAAGUACGGUUACUACAUUCAGAUCGUGUUCAUUGUGCUGCUGGUGGUGCUCUUCCUUAAUUUGCUGGUUGUCCUGCUGUUCAGGUACUUGGAGCGGAGGAAGAAGAAGCUGGAAAAGAAGAAGGAAUCGUCCGCUUUUAAUUUUAAGGCACUGUGAGUUUGGCGCAUUUGUUGUAGCAGGACUCGCUGAGGAACGGCUAUCCUUGGCGAUAAAUAAAGACAUUUCUUG